AGAGGGAAGUGAGGACAGAACGCGACCAGCUGGACUCACACGCGCUUCCGGUCUAGUGUCGCGAAGAGGCUGUAAAUUCGAGGACCUCCUGUGGUCCCUCCCACAAUGGGCGGACCCCUGCGAAGUACUGACCAAUAGUGAGCGAGACGGCGUGCACUAGCCCAAUGGUCCUGCAGUGGGUGGAGCCUGUGACAGGAGUUUGAGCCCCGGAGUUGGCGUUUCGGCCCACGUGGGAGCUGCGCGGUAGAUCCGGCUGGAAUCCCGAGUGCGGGAGAGUGGUCUGCCGUGGAGAUGGGGCCGGCCCCCGCCGGAGAGCAGCUCCGCGGAGCAGCAGGGGAGCCAGAGAUUUUGGGACUUGCCCUAGAAGGCGUGAGCAAGGAGAAGGGGACCUCAAGAAAGCGUGCAAAAGCAGAGCCACCUGCGGAAGGCCUCCUGCAGCCAGUGAAGCUCAGUCGGGCAGACCUGUACAAGGAGCCUACAAAUGAGGAGCUGAAUCGCCUGCGGGAGACUGAGACCUUGUUCCACUCCAGCUUGCUUCGUUUACAGGUGGAGGAGUUACUGAAGGAAGUGAGACUCUCAGAGAAGAAGAAAGAGAGGAUUGAUGCUUUCCUGAAGGUGGUCAAGCAGCGGAUCCAGAGAGUGCCCUCAGUCCCCGAGACAGAGCUCACUGACCAGUCAUGGCUGCCAGCUGGGGUUCGAGUGCCGCUACACCAAGUGCCGUAUGCUGUGAAGGGUUCCUUCCGCUUCCUGCCUCCAUCCCAGAUCACUGUUGUGGGCAGCUACCUUCUGGGUACUUGUAUCCGACCAGAUAUCAAUGUGGAUGUGGCACUGACCAUGCCCAGGGAAGUCUUACAGGACAAAGAUGGGCUGAACCAGCGCUACUUCCGCAAGCGAGCCCUUUACCUAGCUCACUUAGCUGACCACCUGGCCCAAGAUCCACUCUUCGGCAGUGUUCGCUUCUCUUACACCAGGGGCUGCCACCUGAAGCCCUCCCUGCUGCUGCGGCCACAUGGGAAGGAUGAGCGCCUGGUUACUGUACGUCUGCACCCAUGCCCUCCUCUGGACUUCUUCCGCCCUUGCCGCCUGCUGCCAACCAAGAACAAUGUGCGUUCUGCCUGGUACCGAGGGCACAGUGUUCCAGAGAGUGCCAACCCAGAGCCCCCUACACCCCACUAUAACACAUGGAUCCUGCAGGAUACAGCUCUUGAGUCUCAAAUGCACCUGCUGUCAACUGUGCUGGGCUCUGCCCAGGGGCUGAAGGAUGGUGUAGCACUUCUGAAGGUUUGGCUGAGGCAGCGGGAGCUGGACAAGGGCCUGGGUGGAUUCAAUGGCUUCCUUAUUUCCAUGCUGGUUGCCUUCCUGGUGUCUAAACACAAGAUCCAUGUUACCAUGAGCAGCUACCAGGUCCUGAGAAGUGUCUUGCAGUUUCUGGCCAGUACAGAUCUGACCGUCAAUGGGAUCAGUUUAUCUCCCAGUUCAGAUCCCUCCUUGCCAGUCCUGGCUGACUUCCACCAGCUUUUCCCAGUUGUGUUCCUGGACUCUACAGGCCGCCUCAACCUCUGUGCAGAUGUUACAGCUCCCACUUACAAGCAGGUGCAGCACGAGGCACAGCUGUCCAUGGCCUUGCUGGACAGCAAAGCUGACGAUGGAUUUCAGCUGCUGUUGAUGACUCCCAAACCCAUGAUCCGGGCUUUCGACCACAUUGUCCAUCUCCGCCCACUGAGUCGUCUGCAGGCAGCAUGUCACCGGCUCAAGCUUUGGCCAGAGCUGCAGGACAAUGGUGGGGACUAUGUUUCAGCAGCUUUGGGCCCGCUAACCACGAUUUUGGAGCAGGGUCUGGGCUCCCGGCUGCACCUUCUGGCUCACUCUCGGCCUCCAGUCCCAGAGUGGGGUAUCAGCCAAGAUCCACCGAAGCACAAGGACUCUGGGACCCUGACCCUGGGACUGCUCCUCCGGCCUGAGGGACUGACCAGUGUUCUUGAUCUUGGUCCUGAGGCUGACCAGCCUGAGGCUGCUGACUUUCGUCAGUUUUGGGGAUCCCGCUCAGAACUUCGACGGUUCCAGGAUGGAGCCAUCCGGGAAGCUGUGGUCUGGGAGGCAGCCUCGAUGUCUGAGAAGCGCCUUAUUCCUCACCAGGUGGUCAGCCACCUCUUGGCACUCCAUGCUGACAUCCCAGAUACCUGUGUCCACUAUGUGGGCGGAUUUCUCGAUGCAUUGAUCCAGCGCCCAAAAGAGAUCUCCAACACAGGUGAAGAGGCCCUGGCACUGGCUGUGCGUUGCUAUGAUGACCUCAGCCGCCUACUGUGGGGACUGGAGGGUCUCCCACUCACUGUGUCUGCUGUUCAGGGAGCUCACCCAGUGCUGCGCUAUACAGAGGUCUUCCCUCCAGCCCCAGUUCGACCGGCCCAUUCCUUCUAUAAGCAUCUCCAGGAGCGGGCCUCAUUGCUGCCCCGGCUGGACAAGCCCUGCCCGGCCUAUGUGGAGCCUAUGACGGUGGUUUGUCACCUGGAGGGCAGUGGGCAGUGGCCUCAGGAUGCGGAGGCUGUGCGGCGGGUGCGAGCCGCCUUCCAGCUGCGCCUGGCAGAAGUGUUGACGCAGCAGCAUGGGCUACAGUGCCUUGCCACUGCCACACACACGGACGUCCUCAAGGAUGGGUUUGUGUUCAGAAUCCGAGUGGCCUAUCAACGGGAGCCCCAGAUCCUGAGGGAGGUACGGAGCCCUGAGGGGAUGAUCUCCAUGAGAGACACACCUGCCUCCCUCCGCCUUGAGAGAGACACCAAGCUGCUGCCCCUGCUCACCAGUGCCCUGCAUGGACUCCAGCAGCAGCACCCAGCCUUCUCCGCUGUGGCUCGCCUGGCCAAGCGGUGGGUGCGUGCCCAGCUUUUGGGUGAGGGAUUCACGGAUGAGAGCCUGGACCUGGUGGCUGCUGCCCUCUUCCUGCACCCUGAGCCCUUCACCCCUCCCAGCUCCCCCCAGGUUGGUUUUCUUCGGUUCCUUUAUCUGGUAUCUACCUUUGAUUGGAAGAACAACCCUCUCAUUGUCAACCUCAACAGUGAACUGACUGCUGAGGAGCAGGUAGAGAUUCGAAGUAGUUUCCUGGCGGCUCGGACCCAACUCCCAGUCAUGGUCAUCAUUACUCCCCAGGACCGCAGAAGCUCUGUGUGGACGCAGGAUAGACCUUCUGCCCAGAUCCUUCAGCAGCUCGUGAUCCUGGCCGCUGAGGCCCUUCCUGUCCUAGAGAAGCAGCUGAUGGAUCCCCGGGGUCCUGGGGACAUUAGGACAGUGUUCCGGCCACCCUUCGACAUGUACGAUGUACUGAUCCACCUGACUCCCCGCCACAUUCCGCGACACCGUCAAGCUGUGGACCCUCCAGCUGCUUCCUUCUCCCGUGGUCUGCUCAGUGAGCCAAGGCCUUCAUCUCUGAUGCCCGUCCUGGGCUAUGAUCCCCCUCAGCUCUAUCUGGCACAGCUCCGGGAGGCCUUUGAAGAUCUGGCACUUUUCUUCUAUGAUCAGCAUGGUGGGGAGGUGAUUGGUGUCCUCUGGAAGCCCGCCAGCUUCCAGCCCCAGCCCUUUAAGGCCUCCAACAUAAAGGGACGCAUGGUAGUGUCUCGAGGUGGGGAGCUUGUGAUGGUACCCAACAUAGAAGCAAUCUUGGAGGACUUUGCUGUGUUGGGUGAAGGCCUGGUACAGGCUGUAGAGGCCCGAAGCGAGAAGUGGACUGUGUGAUUCCAACUUUGUGACAAGCAGCAGGUGGACUGUGGGAUUUGGCCCUCUGGAGCAACAUGUCAGUGGGCAGCCACUUCACUAGGGACACCUUCUGACCUGAACACUGAUCAUCCCCAGAGGAGGCCCUGCCAGAUUGUUCGGUCUGGUGCUUUAGCACUGGGGCAGGGGCUAUGGUGUCCUGUGUCCGCUAGACCUAACCAAUCAGAGUCUCAGAAGAGGAGCACCAGCUCCGAGGAAACUGAGUCCACAAGCUCCAUUUGCCUGUUCUGUCAGUCCUGAGUCAGCCUGAACUGUUUUUCUCUCCAUCUUCAUCUUCCUGAAACAGCUGAAGCUGUGGUGGAGGCCAGGUCCUCUUCUCACUGGCGGGACACACGUGCCCAGAUAGCAGUGUGCCUUUCAGGCCUUCAGAUAGGACCCCAAAGAAGCUGUGUCCCUUCUCGAGGGUCACAGCACCAGCACUGAACAGUGGAAAGGGGACUGUGUGUGUGAGUAGAACCCAUUGAACAAGCACAGAGCCAUCCUGUGUUAACGCUACUGCCUCCCAGCACAGUAACAGUUUGAAAAGACAGGCCACAGGGCCUCCGUGUGUGGAGUUGAGGGGAUCCUCCAGUCCGGAAGGAAUGCAUAAAGCACUGGGUGCUGCCGCCUGGCCUCUCCGUGUGAGUCCGCCCUUCCUUUGCACUGCCUUUCGCUCCCCAUUACUGUGCUGCACACCUGCUCUCCAGGAGCUCUGAGGGAGGCAGGCUGCUGCCUCUCAGCCUGAUCCACACCCCUCUGGCAACCGCUCCCUGCUUCCCUCCCCUAAUCCUGGCUGGGUUUUUAGAGUCAGCUCAAAUAGCACCCCUCCUAGUCCCUGCCCUCACCCCGGCCUGAGGUGUCCUCUUGUGAGCUGUGGGUGCAACUGCUCCUUGUCGAGGUCACUUGGCAGUCGUGCACACCAGUGUGCACGUUCUGUUGUCUUGAACUCUGAUUUAAAAUUAAAUUGCCUAAUGCUU